UGAAGCCUUACCUCCCCAACCUUCGGCCUGAGGUAACAGUCGUCAUGAAUGAUGACACAAAUCUUGAUCAAUCACUAGUCUUGCAGUUACAGGAUACCUUUCUCUUAGGUCAGAAGGAUUACAGCGAGAAAGAUGUCCCAGCAGCUCCAACUCGUUAGAUCUGGGUCUUUCGUGGAUGCCCUGGCAUCAUGCUUCACCCGCAUGCCACAAGCAGAUUUUCUGGGGUUCUUCGACACGAUAGAAGGGCCAAGUCCCCACCAAAUUGCUCUCUUAGAGCGAGAUCGUUUCCCGGAAGCUUUAUGCCAUGAUAUGGAGUGGAAUAGGGUUCAGUUCUUGGCCAGCACGCCCAUGGUGCCUGCCAAAUUAAUGUUUGAUUUACCCAUCGCAAUUCACAAACUUGGUAGAACAAUUCGGAAUCCCCUUGUUGACUGCUUUCCUUGCCAGAACAUGUCUGCUAUGCUCACAGCCCCGGGCCCCAUAUCGCGAGCUCAGGAUCGCUGUUUGUGGUCUGGAAUCCGGGCCCCGUUACAGAAUCUCCACACUGUUGCCUUCCAGCAACCUCUGGACCAUGCACAAUACCGACUCCCACCACCAGCUUUGGGAAAGGCCUACCCGCAUCUCAAACUGUUUUCUAGGGCCAUAUUUUCAGGUCCGGACCUCGAACGCGUUUAUGUCUACAUGGAUGCGCCGGAGAAAAUGAUGAUCCUGCGCAACCAGGGGAAACUGACAGUGGCCCCGCUGCUGGAUGGCCUGCAGUGGAAGCACAUCAAGGUUUUUUCUCUGGCAUACGCCGCCUUGACCGAAUCCCAGCUUAUCAAGUGGCUUGCCCCACUUGGUCCUAUCCUCGAAGUCAUGUUUUUUGAGUACAUCCAUCUUCGCGCCGGCACUUGGGGGCUUAUCCUUGACCGGCUCAGGGAAUUAGUCGACCAAGCUAAACAGCAUCAUGAGAUGAUUCCACGUGUAUACCUCCGAAUGCUCCGUGAAGCAGAGAUGAAUGAGGGUUCUCAUAUCAAGAUUCGAGCCAACCUGUAUGUGCGCGGUCAGUCGGAUCAGGGGAAUCCGUGUAAGCUAUACCACUCGGUCAACUGAGCUUCUGUCUCUGUUCAUGAAUGUCGCUAAGGAAAGUCCCUAAGC